CGCCCAUGGUUCUUCCCGGAGCCCUGGCCUGGGCCGGGGCCGCGGUGGUGGGGCCGGCGAGUGCGGCGUGUUGAGUGGGCGGCGCGGGGAUAAUGCGGUCCUCGCGUUGCCGCUGCUGCCGCUGCCGCCGCCUGCUGUCGGCCGCGUUGCUGCUGCCGCUGAGCGGGCCGCUGUCUUCGCUGCUGCCGCUGCUACUGCUGCUGCUGGACGGAGCGGCCGCCCACGCCCCCAGACCCUCAGCUCCGGGGGCCCCUCUGCCGCCUUCCCAGCCCCCGCCUCCGCCCCGGGCCUCGGGCACUGCCCUCCCUGCGGGCCUCCCGGGCGGUGGCAGGACCGUGUCCCCUUCCGGGCAGGCCGGGCUCAGCGGCAAUGGCAGCGGCCCGGGAGCUGGGCCUGCCGGAGUCGGAGGGGGCGGCCUGGCCGUGUCCCCGAAUUCCAGCGACAAGCCUAUGACCCAGAGGGCCCUGUUGGUGCUGAUGGUGGUGAGCGCCGCGGUGCUGGUGUACUUUGUGAUCAGAACCAUCAGAAUGAGAAGAAGAAAUAGAAAGACACGAAGAUAUGGAGUUUUGGACACAAAUCUAGAAAAUAUGGAAUUAACACCUUUAGAACAAGAUGAUGAUGACGACGAUACAACUUUGUUUGAUGCCAGUCAUCCCCGAAGAUAAGAAUGUGCCUUUUUAUGAGAAAACAUCAUUGGUGAAUAUCAAAGGAAGAAGUUUAUGAUUAAGGAAUAAGAAGCCAAUAUCAGUCACAGCAUGGGGGGUAUUUAAGUUAUGUAUAUUAUGACCUUUAAUUUGUUGUUGAAAUAAAUACUGUAUCACUUGUUGCAUCCUUGUA